AGGCGGCCCGGCUCCUUCCCCCUGAGCCCCGGCUCCCGGCGCCUUUAAGCCGAGAGCCGUGCCGGGCUGGCGGGGAGCGAAGGCGGGUGGCGGCGCCGGGCGGCCAUGGCGGGCUGGGCCGCCCUGCUGGCGCUGCUGGCACUGCCCGCCCUGCCCCGCCGCGCCGCCGGCAGCGGCUGUGCCGCCCGCGGGUUGUGCUGCCCGGGCCGCGACCCGGCCUGCCUCAGCACCGGCCGGCGGCCCGACGGAGCCCACGGGCCGUGCUACUGCGAUCAGGCGUGCACCCGCACCCUCGACUGCUGCCACGACUACGCCGAUGCUUGCCCAGUUGUCCCCUGUGUCGUGUCUCAGUGGAGUGUCUGGAGUGGCUGCGCGGAGCCUUGCAAGACAACGUAUCGUGUGCGGAGGAGGCACAUCAUCCAGGAGCCCAGGAAUGGAGGAGAGGCAUGCCCUGCUCUGGAGGAGAGGGCUGGCUGCGUGGAGUACUGGACUCAGCAAGGAACAGAGUGCAAACAGUCCAUGAUCCCAGCAUUAAUAACAACAGGAGGGUUUGGAAAAGCGAGGAAAAGAAGAGCUGCAGCUGAUGGCAGUGAAAGAGCAGGGUACUGUGUCGAGUUCCAGCUCGUGGCCAUCACACAGGGCUGCUUGCAGAGCCGUCACUCAUACACUCGCUGGAUGCAGUAUCUCAGGGAGGGCCAUACUGUCUGCGUGGAGUGUCAGCACCCAGCUUUAGACUCCAAAAGCCUGCAUUGUCAUGGGGAUGGCAGUGGAAGCAAAAUGAAUCAGCUGCUGCAGUGGCAGGCAGUAGGGAACCCUCGAUGCAAGGGAACCUGGAAAAGAAUUCGCCAGCUGGACACUUGCUCCUGUCCUUCUGUUCACAGCUUCUUGUUCAUCUAACUCCUCCUGACAGUCCCAGCGAGCAAGUGCUGUGAUGGCUUGUCUGGCACCAGCCUGUGGCAGCAGUAGGAAGCACAACCAAAACGAUGACUUCUUUAUGACAGAGGCUGUGUCACUCUCCACGAGGUUGCUGUCUGUACUGGGGCGUCCUGAAUCCUCUCUGUGCGUGUGUGCUCCUUGAUUCCCAAAGAAAUCAGGCUGGCUGCGAAAUGCUCUUUUUGUGCACUCAUUACUGAGAGGGGCCUGUCAGACCUCCAUGACUUCUUGCAGCUUCUCCCUUUCCUAAGCAAACUGGACCAAAAAGGCCACACAAACCCAAGUUUAAUAAUUAUCCUUCUAAAGUCCCAGUGAAGAAUCAACAAUGUAGAACAGAUGAACUCAAGUGCCUUUAUUUCAUGGCAGUGACACUUUUGUGGGUGCUUCCUGUUUGUGCCUAUGUAUCUUUUCCUUUUGUUUUCAACCUCCCUGGUCUCAUCAUUUCACAUUGAUCUUCAGCCUUACAAAGGGUUGCUCUUGUGCUGCUGAGAUGCUGGCAAAGCAUAGAAACAAAUCUGUGAAAAUAGGAGGUACCAAGGAUAAGUUGUGCCUUGAAGUCAGGCUUCAAGGAGCAUCUCUAAGUUGCCCCAAAAUGCUGUGCAGUCCUGGGGCUCUAAACAGGAAGUCAUCCCAGCUGUGCCAGGAGGGGUAGCUAUAGCCUUAUAUUUUUGGCUGUAAAAUAUUUGAAAUAUUUUCUUGAUAGUCUGGUGAUUUAUAGUCAUACUUCUCUAUAAAUGAAAAUAAAGGAGACUGGAGUAUCUAUUUGA